UACAUAUAUUGUGUUCUUUGUGAUAAUAAAUGCUUUUAUAGAUCGGAUACCAUGGACAAUUAUUUGCAGGAUUUAAUAGUGGACGGUGCGCAAAGAACAUGAAUUGAUUAUACUUAGAUUCUUCCUAGUGUCCUUUAUACAUGUGAAUUAGUUAAAGAACUGUAGCUAUCGGGGCGGGGCGGAAGCUCCUAGAUUUUGCAGAUUUUAUAGGGCUUGAAAUAUAUCUCCUAUGUAUUAAUUUUUACUAUUGUCUGUCAUUUUUAAUAAGGUGAAAUUAAUAAAAUGACGCAAAUUUAAGGUGUUUUUGUUUUUUGUUGUUUUUGGUUUUUUUUUUGGUUUUUUGUUGUUUUUUUGUUGUUGUUUUUUGUUGGGUUUUUUUGUGGAAAAAUGUAAGUUCUUCCUAUAAAAGCAAUUUCAUUAAAUCAAAAGAUUUUGUCAUUUAUUUCUCCGAGAGUGGAAGGAAUUGAUUCUUUUAUCGUUUCCAUUAAAGAAAUAAAAUUAGAUAACUGUUAUUAUAAAUUUAAUCCUAAAAAGAGCUCCGAUUUUUUAUGGUUGAUAUUAUCAGAAAUUUUACACCGAGUUCCGUAUUAUACGAGGGUGUUAAAAUACUAAGUAGAACAGCCUAACGAGAACAUGCGCAAACAUCGUUCUUUCUCGCAAUUUACCGUUGAAGACGCCAUUAUCGUUCUCCGAGAUAGGGGCCGAGAUUUGGUAAUAGUUCGAGUUUUACAGCGCCAAAUAAUAUCAGCACGUGUGUGAAGGAUAAUGUCCACCGGGGACAAUAGUAAUGAUGGAAUGACUUCUGUGUCAACUGCAUCGUUGGUGGUAGAACACAUGCCUCUGACCAUCAGCCAACUGACCGACAAUCCACAGACAGAAGGGGUCAUGGCUUCAGAUGGUGUCUUGACCAUUGCAGUGGAGGCCAAUAACUCUGUGCUACAGGAAUCAUUCUCUGGCAGUGAUCAAGAUUGCAAAGAAGAACCUCCAAGCAAGAGAACAAGAUAUGAUACAGGAAAUGGAGAGCUUUCUCAAGACCAGUCUAUCAAGAGUCUCCUGUUUACAAUAAACAAAGCUAUCUGUAUGAGAUUAGAUGGGAUUGAGAACAGCAUAGAGAUUCUGAAUGGUCGGACCAAGUUUCUGGAGGAAAAGCUGGAAGACCUGAUCAGCCAUAUAAAGGAGAAUUCCAGUUCAGACCAAAACACCACCCAGACAACUCCAUCAGUAGGCUCCAUAGUUCAAGCACAGACCAAAGGUGCUGUUCUAGUAGGACUUUCACAAGGGGCAAAGGUUGAAUCACAGAGUCCAAUGAAUGGCAUGGGAGGAGUGGAAAGCAUACAAAACAUGGGACUUGGACCUAAUGUGACUCUGAUCACAUUGAACUCAGAAGAGGACUUUCCUCAUGGAACUUGGCUUGGAGAUGAGACAAACCCUGAGAUGCGGGUGAGGGUUCCCAUAACACCUAGCGAUUUACUGCACAUUCACUCCAACUGUCGAACACCAGAGAAAAUGGCACUGACAAUGUUGGAUUAUUUAUUUGAUCGGGAAACUCAGGCAACAUCUAAUCUCUCAGGAAUGGGAAAGUAUGGGAAGAAGCAGCUGGACCCAUUAAUGAUUUAUGGAAUCAGAUGCCAUUUGAUUCAUAGAUUUAACAUAACAGAAAGCGACUGGCACAGAAUCAAACAAAACAUAGACUCCAAAUGUCGGACAGCAUUUCGUAGGAAACAGCGAGGCAUGCCCUUGACAGUGAAAGCAUUUAGAGGGAAAGCCACGCCUACUUAUGUUCAAAUGAACCCAGCUGACAAUUCUCUUAGUGAUGAAGAUUCUAUGCAGGACUCGGAGCUACAUAUUAAUCAGGACCAGGACCUGAAGCACACAGUUGCAGCCAUGGCGGGGGAUGGGCUUCCUCCCGGGGAGAUACAGAUUCUCCAUGCCACACCUGAACAAAUCUCACAACUACAACAGGCCCACCACAUACAGAUUCUACAGGGAGAUCAAGUCAUACAAAUGCCUGUUGGCGUUCCACUGUCUCAAGAAGAUACUCAAAAUAUGCAAGUGGCUGUGUCUCUACCUCAGCCAACCAGUGUACAAGUUGCCACGGUAACAACAGAUAGUGGGGAAGUAUUGCAGAUCCAUCAAUCCUAGCAGCCCCUCCAAUCCAAUCCCAUUGGUUGUCUGGACAGACUCUACAUACAGCAAACAAUUGUGAGAAACUGUCCCUUUCUCCACUCCGUGUGUAUGGACAAUCACAGAACUGUGGCCUUUUAAAGUUGUCAGCACAUCAUAGAUUUUGCUGCCGUGACAGAAUCAGGAAGAAGUGGUCUUGUGUUGUCAACAUAUUGGUGAUGUUUUUCCACCAUGACAGUAUCAGGAGUACCGUGCCCUGGUUACCUGGUAAAAUUCCUCAACGAUAAUUUUUUGAUGUUGGAUAAUGUUCCUGUGUGUUUUGAAUUCCAGAUUAAUGCACGUAUGAAUGACUGGAGUAUGCUAUUAAAUUGUAUUUCAUUGUCAAAUGCAAAGGAACAAUAGUAAACAAAUAGCCUAUCAAAACUAAUUUUUGUACACCCGUCUUGAAAUUAAAAGAUUAUUCUUAUUUAUUAUCAGAGAAGGAAAAAAUGCGUGUUUGUGUACUACAAAAGUGAAAAUCAAACUAUACAUUUACAAUCUCCAUCCACACUUCCCUUGUAUUAAGAUGCUAAAAAUGGAAAGCUAAUUAUAGGCAGAUGGGAAGCUGUUGGUACAUAAUUCAGAGUAGUGCUGGAGCAUUUACUUUGUUUACAUUUAUUUUAUAACUGAACAGAAAUGUAAAUGAUAUAAAAAGUCUGACAUGGUUUGAUUUUAGUACAAAGCAUGUUUUUGCAAUGGUCAGGAAUAGCUCCUGAUGCAGCUAGUCAGAAAUUACUUUCUUUCCUUGAAACAUUCCACAAAUUAUAUCAAUUGUAUUAAUAAAAGUACAUUUUCAUACCAGUCCAUAGGGCUAUCUAUUACAGAUAGAUAUUCUCUGAGAAAAACUUUACUGCUUGCAUGCAGUUAAGUAAUCAAUAAAGGUUAUUCAAAAAAUCUAGAUCUGCAAGUCUUAACUGUUACAGCGCAGUAUUGUUGUUCCUGUUAUUGAAGUUGUUAUGGUAUGUUCAUUGUUAUACAUGUAGAUAACCAAUAUUAUUUAUUAAGAAAAUGUUUAAUACAAUGCAAUAUUGAAAUGUACUAUAUGUAAAAUACUCAUAAUGUUUUAUGGUAAUAGAGAAAUGAAAUUGUGCAUGUCUAAUCUUUUGAGUGACAAUGAAAUGGAGAAACUUACUAUUAAUAAAAUCCUUUGAAGAGGUUA